UUACUAGAGAAUAAAUUCUAGUUAUUGUAACCGGAGAGGAAACUGUUGAUUGUGUCACUCUACUUAUCUUCACGACUCUUUACAACUUGAUUGAUUCUGUUGAUCAUAAAAGUGUAUCUUUCUCUUCAACACUAGCUACCAAAGCGAAGAUUCGUUUUUUGCAUGGUGAAUAUCUUUGUCGUCACGUCACCAUAUAUGACUUGACUGAUUUGUUGUUGGCAAAAGCUUAAUUUGCUUUCUCUUCAAAGGAUGCCAAUUCUAGGCCGUAUUUACAUGAAAUCGUCUCUGCCACCAUGAAGAGUACAUCGAACUAGGAGAGGAAAAUGAAGUCGACUAGCUAGAAGAUCUCUACGAGGACAAAAGCAUCAAAGCUCUCCAAAGUAAUUAAACAAGAUAAUUCAACUCGCUGCAAGAAGAAUUUCUAACAAAUUCAUGAUUUGCGAAAAAGAAAGAGAGACAAGUAUUUACAUGAAAUCCCUAAAAAACGAGACUGAUCCUUAGAGCUUUACUUUCUGUUAUGUUUUCUUAUUCCUAUUGAUGUUCUGAUUGAUAGUCUUACACACACUAAUAUACCUUUCCUUAUUUAUGAUCAAUUAGGGUAAUACAAUAAAGACAAUUGAAUGCAACACACACAUGGGAGGCUCUAGGUCGUCGCCUCGAAGUUGGUUGUAAGUAUUUUUUAUGGGCUCUUCAAUUGGCUGGUAAAAUACUCCCUCCCCAAGUUGGAGCAUGAAAGGUCACAAACUGAUGGUUUCGAAAGAAGAAAAUGAAACCAUUCGGCACCGAGACCUUUAGUGAACAUAUAAUCUUGUUGGAGAUGUGAACUAACCUUCAAAUGAGCAAUGUCAUCUAACUGAACAAGCUCACGUAUAAUAAGGGAGACUCGAGUGCCCUAUAUCAACUACAUAGUGCCAAAUAAGAUAUAGGUUUCGGCUAUCCCCAAAUACACUUCAACACCUUUAAUUUAUAAGGAUUACAUCCUUAACACAAUCAUCAUUAUGUACACUAAAACCCUCCCCAAAUUGAUGGGCGGUGCGAACCAUCAAUUUGCACGAAAGAUAAUAAUGUCAACUGGAAGAGACUGCUUUCGUCAACAAAUACGCAAUCUGGUCUUCAGAGAUAAUGUAAUAAAUCUUAAGAUAGUUAUCAUUAACCAACUCUUCAAAGUAAUGAACAUGUACCUCUAUGUGCUUAGUACGAUCAUGAAACACAUAAUUAAUAACUAUAUGAAUACCUUUCUACGGAAUUCGAUUUCGCUCUCUGAAUGAUUGCAUAGUAAUUCAAUAAACUAAUCGAUAUAUUUGGAUGUUGAUUCCCUCAUUUUUCGUGUGAUUUAAAUAAUUUAUGGCAAAAGAAAAAUCCACUUGCAGUUUGGUGUUGUUGCGGGGAAACUUAUUGGUCUUGCCGAUACUAUCUUAUUCUUAACCACUUUUCAUUAUUACACACCUAGGUAUUUAACUAGUUAAGGAUGCAAAAUAAAAGAGAAUUGAUCAAUAAAUUUUGAAAUUUCAUAAGAAAAAUGCCACCCUAUAUAAUUAACGAUUAGAUUUCACAUAUGGUACAUCGAAUCGACAUAUAAAGCUACAAAUUGAAGAAUUUAAAGUAUCUAAUUUUGUAUUAUAGAACUUAAGAAAACAUAUAUGCAAGUUGAAUAACUUAUGUACGUCAAAACGACAAAUUGUGUAGUCGUAUAACACUGAAAAUGGGGAAAAAUAUUUAAUUUGAAAUUAAAUACCUUAAAACCCCACACUAUGAAUGAUGAAUUACUUGAUCAUAUUAAAAAUGAAUUAGUUGAAUGAUUAAAUAUUCAGGCAUAUUGGACUUGAUAAGAAAUCCAGACAUGGAAAUCAAUUAAAACUAAAAAAUUUGCAAAUCAAAGAAUUUAAAGUAUCUAAUUUUGUAUUAAAGAAUUAAGAAAACAUAUAUGCAAGUUGAAUAACUUACGUACGUCAAAACGACAAAUUGUGUAGCUGUAUAAAACUGAAAAAUUGGGGGAAAAUAUUUAAUUUGAAAUUAAAGAGCUUAAAAACCAUAAUAUAAAAGUUGAAUUACUCGGUCAUAUUAAAACUAAAUUAGUUGAAUGAUUAAAUAUUAGGCAUAUUGGUCCUGAUAAGAAACCAAGACAUGGUUAUCAAUUAAAACUACAAAAACUACAUUUUAAAAUCAGCUGUCGCUUAGAAUCAAACUGCUAACAAAUGGAGCAUACACCAGUUUCUUUACUGCUGGACUAGCUUAGAUUUUCGAGCGUUCAAAUGGUUAUCAUGGUAUUUACCAAAUCAAAUAAGUCUAAAUUCUAUUAACCAUGGAAUACGAUAUUAUAACUAAUAAUUGUUGUGCAUUAAUCACAAACUACUCACGCGAUAUUGUUUAGCACUUAGCAGGUUUUCCAAGGUGAAAGAGCCUCUUCUAGCAACAAAAAUAGCUAAUAAUUGUUUAACCUAGAAUUGCUGUGCAUUAAUCACAAACUACGAACAACCAUUUGCAGGAACUAACCCAAUAAUAUUGUGAUAGAUAAACGUCUCGGUUAUCACUGACGGAGAAAUUCUGUUGUCAGUUCCCGCGUAAAAUCAGUUAACAGCUAGGUAAUGACACUUAUCAAGUAAACGCGAUUAUGAAUAAUUCAGUUUGGCUUUGUUGCACCGGGCUCUCUUAAUCCGGCCAUUAAUCCACUCAUCGUCUUAAUUAUAAUCCAUCUUCUUCCUCUGCAAUUUCAGCUCCGGCAAUUGCAAUCCUUCACCUUGAUUUGCAUUAGCCGCAGAGUUGUCAUCACCAACAAAACAGAGGAGAAAAGCUUCAAAUUCGUCAAACCAUGGACCGCGAACACAACAAUGCCCCGCGCCCAAACAGCCACCAUUCCACGGCCAGCGCUGACGACAACAGCAAUCGCCAUCGCCAUCGUCAUGCCGUCACCAGCAGUGACGUGGAGGGUUCAGUCAUCAGCAGCUCCGCCGACUCUUCUUCCCCACCCCGACCGCCGACGCCCACCUCCCCCACCGCCGGCUGUGCAGUACCCGGCUACGACCCCAAUCGGAUCCCGUCCGGCGUGUUCGCGUCCAAGUCGGGGAACGGGAUCGACUGGAGCACGGCGUCGAACGAGUCCCUGUUCAGCAUCUACAUGGGCAACAACAGCUUCUCCAGGGAUCAAAUUGCAAUGAUGUAUAAAUCCGGGGAGCUACCCAUGCUUGAUCAAGAUUAUUCUUACGCCCUUCCCCAAACGCCGGCGGCGGCGGCCGGGGCAGCGAACAACCAACCAGCCGCCGCGUGGCAGCCUCCCCUGCCUCCUUCUAGCCCCGUCGCACCCGCCUCCGUGAGAAGGAAUGUUGCCAAUGCCAAUCAGCCCAUCAACAAUAUCAAUAUCAUCAACAUUCACGUCCCAGUCACUCCGCCGCCAAGCAAUAAUAUCACCAUUAACGUCCCCCCGGAGGUACAGCUGCCUCCUCCUCCAGCCCCUGCCGCCGCCACAGUCGCUAACACGCAGUCAGCUGCCAGUUCCCUUAAUCGGAAUUCCAGUUCCAGCAGCAGCAAUAAUCGGAACUCGACCAGCAGCACCAAAUCUUUCCAGUUCCCAAUAUUGCAGAACGAACAGAUGGGAAGAAACAGUACAAGGAAAGUGGAAGCAGAGCAGAAGGCUGCAGGGGAGAAGAAGGCAGCGGUGGCAGAGGAGCCAAAUGAAGCGGAGACUCAUCCGAAUGAAAAACAGUCGGAGCAACAACAACAACAGCCGGAGCAGCAGCAAGUGCAGACGACGACAGAAGAACCUCAACCCACGUUGUGCACUAAGGUCACAGCGGCGGCAAGGAGCUGGCUGUCUUGCUUGCCCUGUUUCUCCAGGUCUUCUUCAUCAUGAUUUCAUAAACUUAAAAUUUUGGA